AUGGAUAGCAGAAUAUGCAGCAAGAAACCGAUGGGAGAGGAAGGAAGUGACGAAUGUGCUCAAGCCCUUCAAAAUUCUAAAAACGAGGCAGCAAACAAAGAGCAAGGUCAAGAUGAAGCUGAUGAGAUCGAAUAUGAUGAGCAAAAUGGAGCAUUACCAGAUUGGGACUAUCUGAAUGCUCACUUCUCCAGAAAUGUUCUAAAUGAUUUGGAAUCGGAGGCCCAGGAUGUUCCGGAGUUUGUUGCUAAAGAAAUUAUCGUUGCUUCAAGUCUGGCUGAUGUGUCAGAAACCCCAGAAGGACCACAGAAGGCUGACCGGGACUUUGAAAUUUUUGGAAUUCUACCACGACUCAUAGUUCUUGUUCUAAGAAUUAAGGUCGAAGUGGUUCAGGAUAUUGAUCACGAAAUCGAAGCUCCAGAUCCUCCAGAGCACAUUAUCUAUGAGCUCCAGGAUCGUUUGCUAAAAUUCCAAAAUACAAUUCCAAUGCGAUGCCAAGCUCAAGAGUUACUGCGCCAGCUCAUCUUCCCAUAUGCCGCGAAAUGGGUGGCUUCAAGAUGCCUAGAGGAAUUUGAACUCAUGUUCGAAACAAAAGCGGCUCAAUUUUUUGAAGAAUUGAACUCCUUGAUCACUCAUAAAAACCAGGAGAUUCAGUGGCUGGAAUAG